AUGAGUACUCCCCUUCUACGAGCACCUCAUCACCCUGAAGACCACGGCGCGAGUUCGAUCUACGACGGCGCGAGUGGCACGGCGAGGGUGAGGGCGUCGCUGGCAGAGGAGACGACGCCAGAGGACGUCAUCUCCAGCAGAUACGGCUCAGAGCGCGUCAUCCAGAAGAGACGGAUUCCCCUUCCUCUCAUCUCCCAAGUCCACAGCGCAGAUCACGGCGCGUAUGGCAGUCACCCAAAAUCCGCGGCGGUCCCCGAAGCGGUACGCCGCCAUAUCGACGAGAGAUACGGAAGAAUACAAAUAUCGGAAAAAAGCAAGCUCUUCAUCCACGAUGGUAGCAAGCACGUGCCAAAAAGCCCUUCGACGAGAAGUCACGGAGCCGUGACGAUAGCAGACGACGUCGACCACCGAAAGGACAUGUCACAAGAAGUGAGCAGCUGUAAGAAGAUCCUCACGAGCGAGCAAGCUAGCACGAGAAGCGAUCUCUUCAGCGGGAGAAGCGACCACAAUCCCUGUUGCAACGAUGGCAAAGGCACCAAGCAGCUGAAAGCAUCGGAGUCAUCCGCGAGCAGUAGAGGACCUCAGCAGAAGGGGCACACGAGUAGCUUGAUGGCAGCAGAGUCAUCCGGAGCGACCAGAAGUCCUCUCGCCAACGCGGCAGAGGCACCAGAAGGAGAAGAACUCCAGAGCAUUAACGGCAUCCCUUUUUCACAUGUCACGAAUGCGAGAGCUCCUCAGCGGGGGAAGCACCAGAUCCUCAAUGGCACCCCCUUUAUUAUGUACGGAGUCCCACGAGAAGUCCUCUUGCCAACGCGGCAGAGGGACGCAGAAAGAAGUCCGCCAGGUCACAGGGGGCACACGCAAAGUAGACCUCCACAGAGGCACGCGCACACAACCAAAGAUAAGGGCGCUUCGGCAAGCGAAUGGAUGGCUCUCAUACCAGCAUCAAAAGAAGCCAAGGUCCUCAGUCUGAGAGGUGGACCCCUAAACACGAAGAAUUCAUGA